CGCUGCUGGGAGGGGGGGCUGGACAAGAGCUGUGUGUGCCCCAUGCAGAGCUGCUGGACAGGCCAAAGCAGGUGCCAGCUCCAACGUGGACAUGAACAACCUCAGGAAAAUGGGGUUCCUCUGGGGGCUGCUCUGCCUGGCUGCUCUGCACAGCCUCCCAAGGCUGGCACAUGCCACUGACCAGCAGCAUCUUUUCCUGGACAAAGAUGGGAAGCUGAGGGAUGUGAAAAGUGCUAGAGUUGCACAGUCGGAUUUGCUGGGAGCCAUCCCAACCCUGCCAGAGGGAAAGAUGGUAGAAUUUAGUUAUGACAGCUUCCAGAAGAACAAUGGACCCAUGUCAGCAUUCCCCACCACCCUGCCAGACACGAGGGAUGACUGGAACUCAGAAGAUGAAGCUGUAGCUGGGGCUGGGGGUUGUCGUGGGAAGAAAUCACCUGGGGAAAGUGCCUCUUCUGAAGAGGAAGGAGAGGCUGGAGAUAAAAGCUGUGAGAUGACUUGGAAGAAGAGCCAGAGGCUGGCAGAUGGCUUGAUGAGAUUCAGCAUUGAUCUCCUGAGAGAGGUGCAGCUGGAGUCCAAGAGAACCAACGUGAUCCUGUCCCCCCUCAGCAUCGCCCUCGCCUUGUCUCACCUGGCACUGGGAGCAGCAAAUCAGACAGAGAAGCGUUUGCUGGAGGUGAUGCACCUGGAGUCAGUGCCCUGCCUCCACCAUGUGCUGGGCACCCUUCGCAGGAGGCUCACAGAGUCCACCCUCAGCCUCGGGUCACGUCUGUACCUGCAGAAAGGGUUUGAGGUGAAAGAGAAGUUCCUGGAGGAUUCAGAGAAAUUCUAUGGAGCAAAGCCCAAGACCCUUUCUGGGAUCAGUCAGGAUGACCUCGUGGCCAUAAACAACUGGAUAAAGGAAACCACUCAUGGGCACAUUCCCUCCUUCCUCCAGCAGCUCCCUCAGAACACAGUGAUGCUCCUGCUCAAUGCUGUCUAUUUCCACGGGUUUUGGAGGAAUAAGUUUAAUGCAAGCUUCACUGGGCCAGAUGUGUUCCACCUUGACAAUAAGUUCGUGGUCCCAGUUGAAAUGAUGAAAGCCCACCUGUACCCCCUGAGCUGGUUUACUCUGGAGUCCCAAGAUAUUCAGGUGGCCAAGUUUCCCUUUAAGAGUAAUGUGAGCUUUGUGGUCAUCGUACCAAACCACAACACCCGGAACACCUCUCAGGUGCUGGAGAACUUCCCUUACAAACAACUGUGCAGGCUUUUCCCCAGAGAGGUGCCCACCACAGUGAAGAUCCCCAAAAUAAAGUUGGACUACAAGCUGGAACUCAGCCAGGUUCUCAGCCAAAUGGGCCUCCAGGAGCUGUUCAUGAGCCCAAAUUUCCAGAAGAUCACAGAGGAGCCUCUCUUUGUGUCCAGUGUACAGCACCAGGCCACCCUGGAGCUUAAAGAAGAUGGGGUGGAAGCAUCUGCUGCCACCAGUGUCAUGCUGUCACGCUCAGUCUCUGUCUUCAGCCUCGACAGGCCCUUUGUCUUCGUCAUCUUUGAGGAUGAAACAGGGAUCCCACUUUUUAUUGGCAGUGUCCAGAACCCCAACCCAGAUGCUGCUCCCCAGAUCCGAGAGCCACAGGACUCACGUGAAGCCACAGAUGCCAACGAGCACCGCGUGCCCAAAUAACAGAGGGCAGAGCCUGAGUGUUCUGGGACUCCUGCCUGACCCUCUGCACCAGCUGGGAGAGGCCUCCUGCCCCUCUGAGGCCACAGGGGGCAAUUCCUUGCUGUUUCCCUUUACAGAUCCCUAGAGACCAGUCCUGGGAUAGCCCAUUCCAGCCUUGAUGAGCUUCUCCAGGCUGAGGCUCCCCUCUGUUGAACCUGAAAAGUUUGUUCUGCCUGGAUUUCCCUUCCAGGGCUCUCAGUCAUGGAAGGGAGACUUUCUUGUCCCCAGACUGUUAUUAGAGUCUUCAUUAAGAUGUUAUUAGAGUCCCCUGUAGCCUGGAAUCAUCAUUAGCAUCUGGCAGCUUGGACAUCAGCCAGGGCUGUAUUAAUGCGGCUCUUCCUUCCGCAGUUCCUGGGAACACGAAUCCCUCAGUGUUCCUCUGAAAACCAUCUGUGCCCACCUAGACAACGACCUCCAGAGCAACUGGACUAGAAACCAGUUGGCUUCUCUAGGAUGAGUCACUGCCACUUCCAGGCAUGGGUUCAUUUCAAAGAUUCCCUUUUCCCACUCCUUGGCUAUUUGGAUCUGAUGUAGGAGGCUCUGGAGUAGGAAACCCCUCCCUUUGAAUCCUUCUCUCCAGCCCUUCCUCUAGAGGCUGGGUAAUGCUAGAUUUUUCAAGGCAUAUUUUAUAAAGUGUUUUUUAGUAAUUUUUAUGUUGGCAGAAUAAUAAAGAAUAAAGUAGAAUAUA